GGUACUAAGAAAUACGGGCAGAGUGAGAGCUCUUCUGUGGACAAGAGUGAAGACAGGCAAAGUCGCUGAGGGAAAAUGUCUCCGUUUAUCAAGUCGUUGACAUUGUCAGGCAGGAGAUGUGUUGCAGCUUGUGUACGGCAUCACUCCUCUCUUACAACUGAGCUGAUUGAAAACAUGGAUAAGAAGGCAACCUGGGACCGCUUCUACACUGAGAACAGCAGCAGGACUAACACCUUCAAAAACUUUGAGUGGUUCUUUGGCUUCGAUGCUGUUCGGGACUUUAUUAUGCCCCUCUUACAGACCAAGGUCCACCCAGAUGCUCCACUCCAAGUCCUGGAUAUGGGCUGUGGCACUUCAGCUUUGGGGCCCUGUAUUUACAGACACUCUCCUCUCCCGGUCCGGGUCACUUGUGCUGACAUUUCCCCCGUGGCUGUGCGACUCAUGCAAGAACACAUCCAAGCCGAAGCCAUUCAACCUCUCAAUGUUUCUUCUCAGCUUGAGUUUGUAGAGCUGGACUGCACGCAGCUUCACAAGCACUGUGGUUGUAGCAGUGUGGACGUUAUAGUUGAUAAAGGCACCACAGACGCCUUGUUGAGGUCUAAGGAAGGGAGAAAGAAGGCCAGUCUGGUGUUGAAACAGUGUUUGAAGGUGUUGCAGAGCUCUGGAUCUCUGCUCCAGUUCUCGGAUGAGGAUCCUGAUGCAAGGCUGCCGUGGCUGGAGACUGAGGCACAGGAGCCUGGGCUGUUGGCAGCAGAUGUUGGGGUGCAGGAGGUUGGGGAGCUGAGGGGAAUGUUGUACUACUGCUACCAAGUGACUCCUCGCCCGGUUGUAUAGCAGUAAUCUUCUACCUCUGCAUGGUCAGAAUAUUAGAUGAUUAAAUUAUUUAACAUGAUUGUUCAAAAACUGGAUGUGUGUUUUAUUUUUACUCAAUCAUGCCUCAUUCUUGUCAUGAUUUUUCUUUUAUCCAACCUAUAUAGAACCUAUGGUGCUAUACAAUUAUACAUUUAAAGGGGCAGUUCACUCUUUUUUUCCCUCUUACCUGUAGUGCUAUUUAUCUCUCUAGAUUGGUUUGGAGUGAGUUGCAGAGUGUCUGUUAUAGAGAUAUCGGCCGUAGAGAUGACUGCCAUGUCAGUAUAAUGGAACUAGAUGGCACUCAGCUUGUGGUGCUCAAAGCACUAAAAAUGCUUUUGAGAAACUGAACAGUAAUGUCUCUUUCCAUAAAUCAUGGCCCAGUUAGCCAAGAUAAUCCACAGACUUUGUAGAUAACAUUUUCACGUAGGAACUUUUUGUCUGUCUACCGAACUACACCUGUUAACUGUAUCACAGCAUAGCACAUAGAGAAAGGAAGGUAUAGAAAACGCAAACAAACAGAGUAAAGGGGCAGGGGACACUGUUAGCCUCCAGGCAUGGUAAAGUUGAUCUUAUCAGUGAUGAUGGAAAAUAUAACAGUGUUUAAACAUUAUGAUUAAAUAGUUCGGAUGUUAUUGGAGAUCAGCCGUGCCCAUUAAUAUACUUUUCCCAUUAAUUAUGAUGAAACAGAUGUUUUCAAUGGGACUUUUCGGGGAUAAUUAAUGGAUAAUGGACGGACCUUUAGCUGGCGUGUAUUGUGCUGUGAUGGAUUCUGUGCAGCCCUGCUUGCCAAGCAAGAUAAUAAACACAAAAGAGGGAGGGGAAAAUA